AAAUUCAAUGAUUCAUAUGUGUUGGAGGAUAAUUGUAAUUGGAGUUUCAUUUGAAUUGUGAUUAAUUUGUUUUCGAAUUGUUUAUUUUUAUUUUCAUCAGAUAAUCAUGGAUGCUAACAGGGGUGAACCGUCUGGUUCUUCAUCGUCUUCUGCAACCACUGGUAGAAUCGAUGAAAUCUAUCAAUACAAUAAAAGUCAACACAUGGAUAUGUUACAAGCUAAACCUUGGGAAAAGGAUCCUCAUUAUUUUAAAGAUAUUCGGGUUUCGGCUUUGGCUUUACUUAAGAUGGUGAUGCACGCACGUUCUGGUGGUACCCUUGAGAUUAUGGGACUCUUAUUGGGUAAGGUUGAUGCUAGAACAAUGAUUGUCAUGGAUUCGUUUGCAUUACCUGUCGAGGGAACCGAGACUCGGGUUAAUGCUCAGGCUCAAGCCUAUGAAUAUAUGGCUGCUUAUACGGAAUCCGCUCAACAGGUUGGCCGAUUGGAAAAUGUUAUCGGCUGGUAUCAUUCACAUCCUGGUUAUGGUUGCUGGUUAUCGGGUAUUGAUGUGUCAACCCAAAUGUUGAAUCAACAAUUUCAAGAGCCCUUUGUGGCCAUUGUUAUUGAUCCAACUCGAACCAUAUCAGCGGGUAAGGUAAAUCUUGGCGCUUUUCGUACUUAUCCUAAAGGUUAUAAGCCACCAGAUGAAGGUCCAUCAGAAUAUCAAAGUAUUCCGCUGAAUAAGAUUGAAGAUUUUGGUGUCCACUGUAAACAAUAUUACUCCUUGGAAGUUUCCUAUUUUAAAUCAUCACUUGAUUGUAAAUUACUUGAUUCCUUGUGGAAUAAUUAUUGGGUUCAUACUCUCAGUUCAUCAAGUCUAUUAACUAAUUCUGAUUAUACAACUGGACAGAUUUCCGAUUUAGCCGAUAAAUUAGAACACGCGGAGACCCAAUCAAGGGGAACAAGUUUCAUCUUACAUUCUGAUCCUGGUGAGAAAAGAGGAGAAGACAAAUUAUCAAAGGCAACCAAAGAUUGUUGUAAGACUACAAUCGAAGCCAUAAAUGGAUUAAUGGGACAAACAAUUAAAGAUUCUCUUUUCAAUCGUAUUAUACCUUAAUUGUUGGUUUAACUAUUCAAAAUGAAGACGAUUCUCCAAUAUUUGUGUAUGUCUCUAUCUCUCUCUUGGUGUUACAACAAUUAUUGUCUUCAUUCAUCUGAUUUCCAUGUAAAAUAUAUUCAAUUUGUCAAAAAACACGAAAAAGAAAACAAAUCUAAUUGAAUCACAUUUGAUUUGCUUCAACAAUUAAGCAAAGUUGAUUUUCUACAAGAAAAAAAAAUGGAUAAAAAUAAACGAAAUUGUCUUAAUACUUUUCCUAA